UAUUUACUACCCAUUAGAAUAACUGGUCUGUAUUUACUACCCAUUAGAAUAACUGGUCUGUAUUUACUACCCAUUAGAAUAACUGGUCUGUAUUUACUACCCGUUAGAAUAACUGGUCUGUAUUUACUACCCAUUAGAAUAACUGGUCUGUAUUUACUACCCAUUAGAAUAACUGGUCUGUAUUUACUACCCAUUAGAAUAACUGGUCUAUAUUUACUACCCAUUAGAAUAACUGGUCUGUAUUUACUACCCGUUAGAAUAACUGGUCUGUAUUUACUACCCAUUAGAAUAACUGAUCUGUAUUUACUACCCAUUAGAAUAACUGGUCUGUAUUUACUACCCAUUAGAAUAACUGGUCUGUAUUUACUACCCGUUAGAAUAACUGAUCUGUAUUUACUACCCAUUAGAAUAACUGGUCUGUAUUUACUACCCAUUAGAAUAACUGGUCUGUAUUUACUACCCGUUAGAAUAACUGGUCUGUAUUUACUACCCGUUAGAAUAACUGAUCUGUAUUUACUACCCAUUAGAAUAACUGGUCUGUAG